CAAAGGAACCAAAUCAGUGUCAUACAAGGGUGCCAAUCGAGCAAUGUUUUAACCGGCGGUCAUUUACCAGUCAAAAACUAUGUAUGUGGACGAUGAAUUACAAUUAGUUUAUUCGUAGAACAUUCUGAUUGCAAGCCAUAUCAAUGCGGCUCUGCUGCAUAGUCGGGGGCAACACUCAGGUAACUAGACUAGCAAAAUUCAUAAGGCUCGCCUUAUGAAAUAGCAAAAUUAGGGAAAACUGAGAAUUCAUACGGCAAACAUGAAUUACAUACGCUACCCAGGAUUUUUUUUACACCUACGUGCGAUUUUCUUACGUCAUACAUUGGAUUUUCAUUGCCAUGCCUUAUGAAAUUCAUUGGUGCUGCUUGAGUGAAAAAGUUAUAAGAAAGGCGUAUGUAAAAGCAAAAAUGGCGUCCACCACUAUCGACGAACUAAAGCUAAUUGCGGAUUUGUUGAACGGUGCACCAGAAGUCGAUCUGGAAUUAUUUCGACGAGCGAAAAUCACUACAAUCCAGCUACUAACAUUCACGGAAGAGGAGCUGUUGACCUCAAUCGGAGUACAACCAGAGGUUGACACGCGACAGUUAUGGUCCUGGAUAGAUCUACAUAACGUGACACUAGUUUCGGAAAAGGUAGAUUCGAUUCAUGCGGGCGUUGAGAAUCAUCCACAAGCCGAGCAACCAACAGAAGACUCUGAAACCGAGGAAGGUAUAUUUAUAACCAAAGGUCCGCCUCCUAGCUCAACAGAGUGUUUUGACCUCAGUACAGUAACGAGAUUGAAACAGAACACAUCACAAGAUCUUGACGAAGAAAGCGAAGACCUCGUAGCGCUUUCUUGUGAAGACAUAACACGUCACUACGAGAAUACAAGAGCACUUAACAGUAAUCAGAAAGACGACAAUGAUCCAUCAAACGAGCCGUAUCCAAGUGCUGGUCGUGCCUCCUUUCAAGCAUCAGCUGCGAAGCUCCACAAGAAGAAAGCGCACCGAUUUUGAUUCCUUCAUCUCGUCGGCUCACUCCUGAUUUAUUGAAGCAGCUUUUAAAACAAUCUAUUUACGGCAAACAGUUGUUGCAGACAGCUGAAACGUAUAGCCUGUCCGAUGCCGGUAGAAAGCUCGUUGUCGAUACCGUAGCUAUAAGAUACCAUUUAACUCUGAACCGUAAGACAUCGGCCGAGGCAGUCGAUGAUUUGAGCGACGUUAUCGUGGGGUUAUUUACGAAGAAAAAAAGGAGACGUAUUACAUGCCAAAAGCAAAAAGAGAAGCAGCACAUUUCACCUAACGGCAAUAGUAUCGAGUCCGUAGAAUUUUUGCCAGGAGUAGUAUCUGCAACAACCUGGCUGGAAUUGAACAAAUUGCCAUGGAUGACUGUCUUGUCGCAGUGGGAGGUUAGUUUUCCUGCUAGACAAGCUUCUUUGCGACAACACUCGAAGGUCAGUCACAUUAUCCACAGUUUCCCGCACCUGGCCGAGGAAUUCGGAUACCAGCUGUUGGACAUUGAUUACCGGAAGCAAAUCCUGGGAAAUCCGGCAGAUCCUUCCAAGAAGCGGAGUUUAUUGUUUGAGCCUAUCGCACAAUAUAUCAGCAAAAACACCAAAGAUCCGUCUGCCAAAGAUUUAUGCCGUGGCCUCAAAGAAAA